CCAGUAGCAGUGCCCCGUUACGGUCAGAUUAGUUCAGUCUGCCGCCAACGCGCGAGUCGUUAAAACGUUAGCGCGCGAUAUCGUAACAAUACAAAUAAACAUGUUGUUUUAUAUGACCGUUGUGGUGCUGGUGGCCAGUGCGCAGGCUAAAUUCUACACGGAUUGCGGCUCGAAACUAUCAACCGUGGAGAGAGUGGGAGUUAGCGGCUGCUCUGAAGACGCCACCGAGUGUGUGCUCAAGAGAAACUCCAACGUCACCAUCAGCGUUGACUUCACACCCACGGUAGACGCCAAGAGUCUGGAAACUGUGGUGCACGGAGUCAUCAUGAGCCUACCGGUGCCCUUCCCCCUACCGCAGCCAGACGCGUGCAAGGACUGUGGACUUACUUGCCCUAUCAAGGCUGGCAACAUAGCAAACUACAAAUCCACGUUGCCCGUACUAAAGUCUUACCCCAAAGUGAAGGUGGACGUAAAGUGGGAGCUUCAGAAUGCAGCUGGCGAGGACCUGGUCUGCGUGCUCAUACCCGCUAGGAUCCAUUAGACCAUAAGAACAACUUAACUGCUUUAUUAUAUAUUUUAAGUUAAUUGUACGCCUAAAUCUAUCCAUGACAAAACUAGAGAUUCCGCGAAUACGCUGAAGAGUGACAGAAUUAAAGUGAUGAUGUGACGAUCGCAAUGAUUUCUCAUCGGAUUA